CACACACACACACACACACGAAGGACGGGACGCAAGUUGUGUGCAGAGACAGUCCGACGCGCGAAGGAGAAGCCGGCUCAGGACUGCCCAGGAUGGCUCCGUCAUCGAGCCAGAAGGGAACAGGGAAGAAGGGAGGCGCCGGCGCAAUCCGCCAGCAGCAGCACCAGCAGCAGCACCAGCAGCGGAGCCGCAACACCACUCCCGGCCCCGCGCCCCCGUCCGCCAGUCUCCCGCCCUUCGAGACCGUCGAGACCGAGACGAUCGAGCUGCGCUUCGAUGUCUUCCGCGACCUGACCUUCGAGGACAUGGUGGAUCCCGCCGCCUCUAGUUCGCUGAUCCCGGACUCCAAAAGCCUCGACGGUCUCCUCACCCGACUACAACGGCUCGGCGAUGUCAUAGAGAAGAGAAGCACCUACUGCGACCGCGGAAUGAGGCUGCUCGCCCAGAACCGGCGCCAGCGCAUGGACGAUCUGGCCCUGGAGCGGGACAGGGAAGAGGAGAGGAGGCAGCGCGAAGCCGAAGAUGGGGAGCGCGAGCGAAAAUCAAACAAGAAGAAGCGCAAGGGCACAGACACCUUGACACCCCAUGGCGGAAAUACCGAGCGCUCAUCUCCCCUCCGCGAAUCGACGGGAAAAGCUAGGAAACUAUCUCGCGAAGACUCGGCUAGCUCGUCCCUCUCUCCCGUUGCGCCAGGAACACCGGGCAACAUGGACGUUGACGACAAAGCCAAGGCCGAGGCGAACGACUCCGACUCCGACUCGAGUUCCGACGAUGGCCGUCCGCCGCCGCCAGCGCGGCCGCAGGCCAACACAUUCGGCGAUGACCCGUCCACGUUCCCCGACCCGACCGUCUACGAAAUCCUACCGGUGAAACCUGGCAUGUCCGAGGAGGAGAUCAAGAAGAUAUACUCCGUCGCCAGCUACCCCAAGAGCGAUCUCUCGCACCUCAUCGCUGGCGAUCCGCCAGACAAGGACUUUAGCAACGCCAAGCCCAGCAAUCAGAUCAGCUUUAGCACCUUCAAUAGCUACAUCGAGCCAUACUUUCGCCCCUUUACGGAAGAAGACCUCGCGUUUCUCCGCGAGCGAGGCGACCGCGUGACGCCCUUCAUCAUGCCGAAACGGGGGAAGAGGCACUACACCGAGAUUUGGGCCGAGGAGGACGGCGGCAUGGCUCUCGACUCGUCGCCGCCGGGAAAGCUGCCCCCGAACCAACCGCGAGGCAACAUCGAGAACAUGGACGACGAAGUGGCCGAGACGGAUAAGCUCUCGGUAGGCCCGCUCCUCGCGCGGCUUCUGCAGGCCAUGCGGCCUGAGAACCGCGCACCGCCCGCCGACGACAAGCAGCAGGGCAACGCCAACGGCGUGAACGGCGAAGCCGACAACAACGCGAACGGCAUCGCGACCUUCGACUUUAGCUCGGGUGAUAACCAACCGGCAGGCCAGACCAACGGCGCCAACGGCGUCAACGGCGCUUCUUCCCAACCCGCUAACCCAGAUCAACCCCCACAACCACAGACUCUCCCCCCUGCGACCUUCAUGCCCGAAUCCAACUCGGAUUCCUGGAAGAAGGCGACCCACCCGAAACUCGACUACACCCAGGUCGACGAGCGCAUCAAGCAGGAGCUCCGCCACAUCGGCUUCCUCCCGCUGCCCCCGCACCAAGACCCCUCCAACCCCGCCGGCGCCAACUCGUCCGCCUCGGCCUCCAACCCCGGGGGAGCACCUUCCAACAGCAACGCCUCCGCCGCCUCCGCCGCGGCCGGCACCAUCCAGCCGGAUCCGGCAUCUCAGGCCGAAUACGACGGCCACUACGACGACGAGGUUGCCGCCCGCUUGCGCCUGCUCCAGGCCCGCCUGCGCGAGCAGGCCCUCCUCAACGGCGCGCGCAAGGCCCGCCUGACGGAGCUCGUCAAGGAGCGCAUGGCGUACCAGGAGUACCAGACCAUCCUCGAGGACCUCGACUCGCAGGUGCAGGCCGCCUACCUCAAGCGCACGCGCACCAUGGGCAAGAAGCUCAAGAAGGCGCGCCCGGGCCAGUCGGCCGCCGCCGCCGCCGCCGCCGCCGCCGCUGCCGCUGCCGCCUCGGGCCCCGUCGCCCGGCCCGGCAUCGGCGACCUCACGCGGACGCUGAUGGAGCGCCGCCGCCGCUGGAUCGAGAGCAUCGGCACCGUCUUUGACGACGAGUCGGUGGCCAAGGUCCCCAGGGUCCAGGACGGCGAUACCUCCAUCUUCAAGCCCGCCGUGAUGGCCGAGCUGCUGAAGCGGGAGAGGGAGGCGUGGGACGAAGAGGUUGAGGAGGAGUGAAAGGGGGAGGAGGAAAGGAAAAAAAAAAAAGGAAAAGAAAACUAGGAAAUACGCGACAGAGAAAAGCAAAGACAAGCAAGCAAGCAAGGAAUGGGGUGAAGAAGAAACAGACGAGUCGGUCUCAGCUCUCUCUCUUCCCUUGAGACUGUGUUUAUUUGGCUAUUAUCUCUGGAGGGAUAGGAGUGGGAGAAGAGACGUUAGGCGUCAGGUGAUUUUGCUUAGGACGUAUCUUUUGCUUUGGGCUUUCUUUGGGCGUUUUAGCUUAGGGCAGACGGGGUGGUAUCGCCACAUG